ACAUUCGUUCUGCAGGGCUUUGUUCCUACACGGAGUUUUGUUUCGAGACACCGUUUUACUUCCUAUUUGGUUUCGCAGAGCGGAGACGACGGAGCUAUUUGUUUUAAGCUGCAUAUUAUAAAUAAAUAUUAAUGUAGCAAUAAUACGCAUCAACAGCUAUGAUUCCUUACACCGUCAACAUCAAACUCGCGGCUCGGACGUUGACUGGCACUCUUAAUUUACAGAAUAAAACCGCGGUAGAUUGGGGUUGGCAGGGGCUGAUAGCUCAGGGAUGUCACUCCAGUAUUCUCAUUAUUGAUCCAAAGACAGCUCAGACCAUCCAGGUUCUGGAAAAGCAUAAAGCCAAUGUGGUCAAGGUGAAAUGGUCCAGAGAAAACUACUACCACAACUUGAGCUCACCGUACUGUCUGAGGUUGGCCUCUGGAGAUGCCUCAGGGAAGAUCAUUGUGUGGGAUGUGGUCAGUGGUACUGCCCACUGUGAGAUCCAGGAGCACUCUAAACCCAUCCAAGACUUGGAGUGGCUGUGGAAUCAGGAUGCAUCUCGUGAUCUUCUACUGGCCAUCCACCCUCCAAACUACAUUGUCCUGUGGAACGGAGACACUGGCACAAAGCUAUGGAAGAAGAGCUAUGCUGAAAACAUCCUCUCCUUUUCCUUUGACCCUUUUGACCCUUCCAACAUGGCACUGUUGACCAGUGAGGGAAUAGUCUUUAUCACAGACUUCUCCCACAACAAGCCCCCUGGCAGCUCUGGCAAAAAGGUCUACAUCGCCAGCCCUCAUGCUAGCCCCGCCCACACUAAACCUGCUCCUGCUGCCACCCCGGCUCCUACUGGUGCCAAGAAGGCCCUCAACAAAGUCAAAGUGCUCAUAACCAAUGAAAAACCCACUGCAGAGGUGGUGACGCUGAACGACUGUCUGCAGCUGUCCUACCUGCCGUCCAAGAGGAACCACAUGCUGCUGCUCUAUCCCAGAGAGAUCCUCAUCCUGGACCUGGAGCUCAGCCAGACAGUGGGCGUGGUGGCCAUUGAGCGCUCUGGGGUGCCAUUCAUGCAGGUCAUUCCCUGUGCUCAGCGAGAUGCUCUUUACUGUCUCCAUGAGAACGGCUGCAUCACCCUUCGAGUGUGUCGCUCUCCGUCUGCCACAGAGGAAGCAGCAGACCCAGAACAGAGUGUACAGGAGCUCAUGUACGACCUUCGCUCACAGUGCGAUGCAAUCCGAGUCACAAAGACCGUCCGGCCUUAUCAGAUGGUUGUCUGCCCUGUCAAUGAAAACAAUGCUGCACUGAUGGUCAGUGAUGGCAGAGUCAUGCUGUGGGAGCUUAAAGCCCACGCUGGCAAAUCUGCUACCUACUCCAGUGCGGGUCUGUCACCACUGUACUCCCCCGUGUCAUUCUGUGGAGCUACACUGGGUCCAUCACAAAAGAGGAUUCCAGAUCUCUGUCUCAACAGCAUGAUAGGCCAAACAUUGAUUGCUGGGGAGGCUCCUCCAUUCUCAUCUAACCAACAGGAGGUCCAGUUAAAGUUACUGCUGACUGGCUUACUGUCUGGUCUGCCUUUGCCUCCCUUUGCCAUUCGCAUGUGUCCGCCACUGACUACCAAAAACAUCAACCACUACCAACCCCUGCUGGCUGUAGGAACCAGUAAUGGGUCUGUACUUGUCUACAAUCUGACCAGUGGUCUCCUCUUCAAGGAACUCAGCGUCCACACUUGUGAAGUCAGGGGGAUUGAAUGGGUGAGUCUCACCAGCUUCCUGUCUUUUGCCACUUCGUCCCCCAAUAACAUGGGCUUGGUGCGAAAUGAACUGCAGUAUGUUGACCUGCCCACUGGCAGGUGCUUUGCAUUCAGAGGUGAGAGGGGGAAUGAUGAGCCACCUAUUGAGAUGAUUAAAGUGUCCCACCUCAAACAGUAUCUGGUGGUGGUCUUCAGAGACAAACCCCUGGAGCUCUGGGACAUCAGAACGGGGACACUCCUGCGGGAGAUGGCAAAGAACUUCCCCACAGUUACUGCUCUGGAGUGGUCACCAUCCCACAACCUGAAGAGUCUGAAGAAGAAGCAAAUGGCAGCAAGGGAAGCCAUGGCUCGGCAGACGGUCUCAGACCCCGAGCAGAGUAGUGUUGAAUCAUCAGUCAUCAGUCUUCUGCAGGAUGCAGAGAGCAAGUCAGAAACCAGUCAGGCCAUUUCAGCGAGGGAGCAUUUUGUUUUCACUGACACCGACGGACAAGUCUACCACAUCACCGUAGAGGGCAACACAGUUAAAGAUGGCGCUCGAAUUCCCCCUGAUGGCAGUAUGGGCAGUAUCGCCUGCAUUGCCUGGAAAGGUGACACCCUGGUACUUGGAGAUGUUGAUGGAAAUCUUAACUUCUGGGAUCUGAAAGCUCGUUUGUCCAGGGGAAUACCAACACAUCGUGGCUGGGUGAAGAAGAUCCGCUUUGCACCAGGAAAGGGCAACCAGAAACUUCUGGUCAUGUACACGGACGGGGCAGAAGUCUGGGACACUAAAGAGGUUCAGAUGGUCAGCAGCACACGCAUGGGUCGAACCAUGAACUACCGCAUAUUAGAUAUUGACUGGUGCACGUCAGACAAGGUCGUUUUGGCCUCUGACGAUGGCUGUAUCCGGGUGCUGGAGAUGGCCAUGAAGUCUGCCAGCUACCGCAUGGAUGAACAAGACCUUACUGAUCCUGUGUGGUGUCCGUACCUCCUGCUGCCCAGAGCUGCCCUUACUCUCAAGGCUUUCCUUCUCUUGCAGCCCUGGUCUGGAACCUUCACCAUGGACAUCACUCAAGUAGACUACAGUGAAAAAGAGGAGAUCAAAGGCCUGAUCCAGGAGCAGCUCAACUCCUUGUCCAAUGAUAUGAAAUGUGUACUUCAGGACCCAGAGUUGAGUCUUUUGCAGCGAUGUCUCCUGAUCUCAAGGCUGUUUGGGGAUGAGUCAGACCUGCAGUUCUGGACAGUGGCGUCCCACUACCUCCAGUCGUUCGCCCAAGCUCGUCAGCUCAGUGUUUCUACCGCAGAUGGUCAGACCCAAAUUGAAGCAACCCAAACCCCACAGAACCACCUGGACAUCUGCCAUGACAUCCUGUGUGAGAGCACUUACUUCCAGAAGUUCCAGUUGGAUCGAGUUCACCUGCAGGAGGUGAAGCGCUCCAGCUAUGAGCACACCAAGAAAUGUGCUGACCAGCUCCUCCUGCUGGGUCAGACUGAUAGAGCUGUGCAGUUACUGUUGGAAACAAGCGCAGACAACCCCAGCUACUACUGUGACUCACUCAAGGCCUGUUUAGUGACCACCAUCACCUCCUCUGGACCCUCACAGUCCACCAUUAAAUUAGUGGCCACCAACAUGAUCGCUAAUGGGAAGCUAGCAGAGGGUGUGCAGCUGCUCUGUUUGAUUGACAAGGCAGCUGAUGCUUGCCGCUACCUGCAGACCUACGGAGCGUGGACCCGAGCCGCCUGGCUGGCUAAGGUGCGUCUGAACCCAGCAGAGAGCUCAGAUGUACUGAAGCGCUGGGCAGAACAUCUGUGCUCCCCACAGGUCAACCAAAAGUCCAAAGCCAUCCUGGUGCUGCUCUCCCUGGGCUGCUUCUACAGAGUGGGAGAGAUGCUUCACAGCAUGAGGCAGUUUGAUCGUGCAGCACUCUUUGUCGAAGCCUGUCUGAAGUAUGGGGUGAUGGAGGCCAAUGACUCUUCCAAUAAACUCAUUGAGGCUGCAUUUUUGGACUAUGCACGGCUGCUGCGCUCACUGGGCCUGCGGGAGGGCGCCGCUCUGUGGGCGUCGCGGGCUGGAAGUGCAGGAGAACAGCUGAUGGAGGAGCUGUUCCAAGGAGAAGGGGGAGUUACCGCGGAAGAGGAGCCAGAGAGAGGGAGCAAAGAGUGACCUGAAGGAAAGGUGGUUUAUUCCCUUUGUCACUGUCCUGAGGUGUCAAGAACAUCCACUGUACACACCACUAGGGGGAGACAUGAGGUUUUCUGUGUCCAUGUGUCACUACAUCUGUCUGGGAACUGUGUGUGUGAGAGAGAGUGUGUGUGAGAGUGUGUGCACAUGGAUCAGCCAUAGAAGGAACACACGUUUUAAGGUUCCAGACAAAUGAAGUACAAUGCUAUGGUUUUAUCACUGUGUAGUAUUCAGCCCGUUAAUGAACUCAGAAAAAUACUUCUAUUGUAGUACACUUGCAGACCAACAGGUGUCUUUUCCCUUUUUUUGCUGCUGUGAUUAAAUGUGGCAAAUUAAGUUUCCUCCUGAGUGGAUUCACUGUUUGAUGUUGAAAUUGCACUGCUGUUGUGAUGGACGCCCAUGACCACUAGUUAUUCUCUGAUUGAAUUCCAGUUUUUUAUUACUUUUUUAUUUUUUUUUAUUUGAACCUAAACUACAUUGCACGACUAAACAAACAAACAUUCGGCCUGAUGUUUUCCUUCACAGCCGGUGAUGCUGUUAGUGACCAAAGCCUACAGCUACACCACAACCCACAGUUUGUUGAUUAUGGGACGGCAACAGCGUCAGAUUGACAGGCAGUACUAGCCUCUGUUCUAUAGAGUAUUGAGUUUGCACAGAGAUAAAACCAAAAUCUUAUCUUGUUGAUAUUAUUUCUGUGUCGAUAAUAUAUGGAGUUCAGUCAGGUUGAGAGCUGCUCUGCUUUUUCUUUGUUUUCUAACUUAUUUUGGUCCCAAUUAAAUUAAGACACUAACUCCAUUGGCAGGACUAUAAAUAGUAUCAUAAACACAUUAGUGACCCCCCCUCUCCCUCUUUCUUCUGUAUUUCAUUUUACCCUGCACUCUGUCUCUAUGGCAACCAGGCCUAUUUUGGGGGAUUACAGGCCAUCCUGUUGAUCUGUUUCACAUAGUUCCAAUGACGUACUCUGGAAUCCUAUGAAGUCAGGAUAGGGUUUCAGUGGAUAAUCAUUAGUCAUUCCCCGGUGCUGUGUGCUGUUCUACCUAGAUGUCGUGAUGAGUUUCAGUUUCACAUUUGCUGAUUUUCUGUGCAGAACUACAAAAAACAUUCCUGUAAAAGUGCAAUGUGUAGGAUUAAGCAACAUUAAAUGGUGAUGUUCUUCAUGUUGUUGAAUGUUUGUCACCUAAAAAGUCCAGUCCAUGCAUGUGGGAGGCUGUAGAGUAGUUUUGCUCAAUCAUUGAAAACCCUUAGGUUAUUCAGUGUUUAUUUUCCCUAAAAUUUACACUUCAGGUAAUUUACAUUUAUUUUCACCUACAAAUUAAAUAUAAAAUAAACUCAUCGUUAUAUUGUGCAGUGAAUCAUUAAAAGAAAACAGUUGUAGACGAGUGAGAAGCAGUCCCUUGAUAUUAUGUUUUGUAAAAAGACAAAAAGAAGAAAAAAACAUUGUGAUGGUUUGGGAGUCUCUUAGUGUUUUUAUUGUUUUGUGUUUACUUGGUGAUUUUAUUUUGUCUACGGUAUAUUUCAAAAGAUAAAGAGAUGUGUGUGUAUAUAAAUCUAUGUAUGGAUGGCAAUAAAGUCACUACAAUUA